AUGGACAGCCAGGUGAAGCUCGCCGUGGUGGUGAAGGUCAUGGGUCGUACUGGAUCGAGAGGGCAGGUGACCCAGGUGAGGGUCAAGUUCCUUGACGACCAGAACCGCCUGAUCAUGAGGAACGUCAAGGGGCCCGUCAGGGAAGGAGACAUCCUCACCCUCCUCGAGUCCGAGAGGGAAGCCAGGCGGCUUCGCUGA